AUGGCAUUGCUACUCGUCGGUGCUGCGUGCUGGCUAGCGGCUGCGACAUCUGCUCAGGCACCGCCAACUGCUUAUUCGCAGACGCCAUCAGCGCGACAGCUCGCAUGGCACCAGCUUGAAUACUAUGCAUUCGUGCACUUCGGCCCCAACACCUUCACCGAUGAAGAAUGGGGAGAAAGCCAAAGCACUCCAGACGUAUUUCAACCAACAGCACUGGACACGGACCAAUGGGCGUCAGCAUUCGCAGACGCCGGCAUGGCAGGCAUGAUCCUGACGGCCAAGCACCACGACGGCAUGGCGCUGUGGGACACGAACACGACGACGUACAAAAUCGCAAACGGAAAGUGGGCGCAGAACCGCACGGCGCAAGGUCUCGAUGCCGAUGUGGUGCGGCUGGCGGCGGCGUCGGCGAAGAAGCACGGCAUCAAGUUCGGCGUCUACCUCUCGCCGUGGGACAUCCACCGCGACCCGGCCAUGCCCAAACCGAAUCUGACCGGCACCAUCUACGACGAGCCGCAGAUCUUCGGCGACGCGAGUACCGAGGGCGACUACAACGACCUGUACGCGCAGCAGCUGACCGAGCUCGUGACCAUGCAGCUAGCCGACGGCGACAAGGUCGACCUGUUCGAGAUCUGGCUCGACGGCGCCAGCGGCUCCGACACGGUGCAGACGUUCGACUGGACCCGCUUCCGUGAGAUCAUCCGCGAGGAGCAGCCGAAUGCUAUCAUGUGGGGCCACCAGGGCGUCGACGCGCGCUGGGUCGGCAACGAGGACGGCGUCACGGCCCAGACCAACUGGCACACCAUCAGCCGGACCCAGGACGACGCCCGCUACUCCGGCGACGAGCUGCAGACCGGCGUGCGCAACGGUUCGUACUGGACGCCGGCCGAGGCGGACGCGCGCCUGCGCGACGGCUGGUUCUAUCAUGCUGACGAGCAGCCCAAGACGGCCGACGCGCUGAUGGACAUGUAUAUGCAGUCGGUGGCUCGCAGCGUGAAUCUGUUGCUUGAUGUGCCCCCCGACACCAGCGGGAAAGUCGUGGCGGGGGACGCAGACAUCCUCUUGGAAUUCAAAGCCCAGCGCGAUGCUUUUCUCAACCGCAAUGUGCUCACACCCGGCCUUUCGGUAAAUGCGAGCAGCGUUCGUGCGGGGAACUCGACGCUCUUCGGCCCGGCCAAUGUGUUGGACGGGAACAGCGACACUUAUUGGACGAUGGAUGACGGGGAGACGACUGGCUCGUUGGAAAUUGACUUGGGUGGCGCAUACAGCGUUGAAGCUUUUGUCGCACAGGAGCAUAUUGUCUUGGGCCAGCGUAUCGGCGGAUAUGCCAUUGAUGCCUUCGUGGACGGUGCAUUCACGACGCUUGUUACUGGCACCUCGCUCGGAUACAAGCGCAUCGACGCUCUUGAUGAGGCUGUGCAGACGAGCCGCAUUCGUCUCCGUGUGACGCAGGCGGAUGCCGUGCCCUUGGUAAAUAGCUUCCAGGUGCUCGGAACCCCAGUAUGA